AUGGAGCUUUUCAAAGAUGUCGUUCCAAAGACUGCAGAGAAUUUCCGGCAGUUAUGCACUGGAGAGUAUAGAAUCAAAGAUAUCCCUCAAGGAUUCAAAAAUUGCCAGUUCCAUCGUGAUUUUAUGAUUCAAGGAGGAGAUUUUCUCAAGGGUGACGGCACUGGAGCCACGAGUAUCUACGGCGACAAAUUCCCGGACGAAAAUUUUCAGCUUAAACACAGCUCAGCUGGAUUGCUUUCAAUGGCAAACAGCGGACCAAAUACAAAUGGAUCACAGUUUUUCAUAACUUGCGCAAAAUGCGAUUUUCUCGAUGGAAAGCAUGUUGUGUUUGGUAGAGUGAUUGAUGGACUUUUAGUACUUCGCAAGAUUGAAAACGUACCAACGGGUGCUAAUAACAAACCAAGAAUGCCAGUAAUUGUUAGCGAGUGUGGUGAAAUGUAA